AUGGAUGUGUCUUGUCCAAAUGAUUUGCCAAUGCGAAAAGCUUCAGCCUCCAGAAGUGACCACUCUGCCCAGCAGCUCUGCACCUCUGACAUCAGCCUUAGCUCACAGUGGCACCUGGGGCCUUGUAGGGGUCCACACAUCCUGGUCAGCAACCUGCCGUACCUAGAAGUGGAGAACCUGAAACAGGAUGAUUGCACAGCAGACCUGGGCCUCCUCACCGUCAUCCUCAGCUUCCUCUUCAUGAAGGGCAAUGCUGCUAAAGAAUCUGCUGUGUGGGAGCUGUUGAGGAGACUGCGAGUUGACCCUGGAGUGAGACACGAGGCCUUUGACGUCAAAAAAUUGGUGACUGAAGAAUCUGUCCACCAAACGUACCUGGAAUAUAACCGCAUACCCCACACAAUUCCACCCGAGUUUGAGUUCUGGUGGGGGGCACGGGCUGCCAAGGAGACGUCCAAGAUGCAUAUCCUGCACUUUGUCACCAAGAUCCAAAACAAGGACCCCAGGGCCUGGAGCACCGAGUACAUUGAGGCGGCAGCUGAGGAGGCAGCUGUGGGGGGCCUGUUCCAAGACAUUAGCACCACUGGAGACACUGGUGGGGCUAUAUCUCUCCUGGUUCGGCCCUCGGGGCUUUGGUGUGUCUUUAUCCAUGCUUUCAAAAGAGAAAGGGAAUAG